AUUCAUAUUACUUGAAGGACUGAAUCAGUGACAAUGGACUUCAAAUACGGUGUUUUCGUAUUUCUUGCCCUCUGCGCUUUGGCCUCCAAGGCACAGGCACAGGAAUGUGUGCCCCACAGCGUAGUAAAUAUGACCUUGACUGCCCACCACGUUCUUACCUGGGACGUCAGCGAAGAUGAAUUAUGCGAUAUCACUCAGUUCGUGGUGGAGAUCUACCAGCAGGACAUUCCCGAGGAGUACAGCUUCGAGAUAUAUGAACCCUGGAUGAAUGUCUCCUUCUUGCAAGUAUGCCAGGAGUGGACUUUUGUAGUGAUACCGGUAUCGGAGCAGACCAGAGGACAAGAACAUCGUCUAUUUGGUAGCUUGCCGCUUCCCGCAGAUGCGGAUCUUGACAUCGACUACAUCAGCAUCGAACAGGACGAGGAAUCUGGUGACGUUCAUCUCUAUUGGGACCUAACUGAUCAUCGCUACGGGAGCUGUUCUCUUAGAUACAGAUUGACUAUACAAGAAGAAGGAAGUGAAGAAAUCCAUGACAUUUACAUGAGCGGGAGGUCCGCCAACUUGCAUUUUUUGUCGCCUUGCACCGACUACCAGUUCGGUAUCAGGGCCAUCAACAUAGCCGAACCCACCAUAGAAGGACCUUUAAAGACGGAAUUCGGUAGUAUUCCUCCAGCUGCACAAAUCUCUCCUCACUUGGACGACAUCGAGUUGGGCGUCCGUUCAUUUGUUAUGAGGUGGGAAAUACAAAGCGUGGUAUGGAAUAAAUGUGAAGUAACCGAGCUCUUGAUCGAUGGAGGAGACUUCUUCAAAAAGACCGUACACAUAGUGGAUGAUGGCAGAAGGGCACCUAUAGAAGUUGAAAUCAAUGAUUUGCUGCCCGACAGCUUGUACUACUUGCGCGCCUACGUUCUGAACAGUGCAGGUUGGUCUGUGCCAACAGUGGUUGCCAUCCACACCUUGCCCUUAUCGCCGAAUGACAAGGUGUGAUGCGAAGAUGAGUUUUGAAGCCAUUCGUCUAUACCUGUAUUGUUAAACCAGAUUUUACCGUAUAGUAUAAAUAUUUUAUUUGUUCUGAAAUUAAAUAGUUAUCAAUGCACAUACAAUGCGUUACAAUAAAAGGCAAGUGGGUGAAUUAUUA